CCGAGUCAGCUGCGGGGUCCCCUCCAGCCCGGCCAUGAGCGCGGCCACAUGAUGCGUCCCUGCUUCGGCCACUGCAGUCAUCGCCGCCGCCGCAGGCCGGGAGGAACCGCAGCGCCGGGCGACCCCGCCCGGGCCUCGGAUCCUAUCACAUAGGACAGUAUGCACCUGAAGAUCCUGAAGAAAAGGCGCAAAGUGUUCCAGUAAUGUUUAGAAAUAGCUUGUGAGGGUGCGUCAGGGCAACCAUGCCGUCAUCAGGACACCGGCUCCGGGAUGUCGAGCACUACCCUCUCCUGGCUGAAAACGACAACUACGACUCUUCCUCCUCCUCUUCCUCCUCCUCUGAGGCCGAGGUGGCCGACCGUGUCUGGUUCAUCCGAGAUGUCUGUGGCAUGGUCUGUGCCAUCAUGACCUGGCUUCUGGUUGUCUAUGCAGACUUCGUGGUGACGUUUGUCAUGCUGCUGCCUUCCAAAGACUUCUGGUACUCUGUGGUCAACGGGGUCAUCUUCAACUGCUUAGCGGUGCUCGCCCUGUCUUCUCACCUGAGAACCAUGCUCACUGACCCCGUGAGUGGCAUGGGGAGUUCUGUCAUACCAUGGGCCUGUGACCUCAGAUGUCUUAAUUCCCAGUUAACAAGCCUAAUACUGAAAAUCAAACUUCAUCUUUUUAGUAUUUGUAAAAGAUGCAUUCGGAAGAUGGACCAUCACUGCCCAUGGGUGAACAAUUGCGUAGGAGAAAAGAACCAGAGAUUUUUCGUGCUCUUCACAAUGUACAUAGCGCUAUCUUCAGUCCAUGCACUGAUUCUCUGCGGGCUGCAGUUCAUCUCCUGUGUCCGUGGGCAGUGGACUGAAUGCAGUGAUUUUUCACCUCCAAUAACUGUAAUCCUGUUGAUCUUCCUGUGCCUUGAGGGUCUUCUAUUUUUCACUUUCACUGCAGUUAUGUUUGGCACCCAAAUCCACUCCAUAUGCAACGAUGAAACGGAGAUCGAGAGACUGAAAAGUGAGAAGCCCACGUGGGAGCGGAGGCUGCGGUGGGAAGGGAUGAAGUCUGUCUUUGGGGGACCCCCCUCCCUCCUUUGGAUGAAUCCCUUUGUCGGCUUCCGGUUCAGGCACCUGCAGUGGAGAUCCAGGAAAGGAGGUCCAGAGUUCUCUGUCUGAGGCCCUUCUCAUCAUGCUGGAACUCAUUAUCGGACUUUAAAUUAUUUAUUUGGGAUGUGAAAAGGUAUCAACAGCUCACCUGUGACUACCAAGGCCGACAGAACCUACAUGUGCUAGUUUCUUAAAGCAAGCGGGGUUCUAUGUUUUUAUCAUCACAGGUUUCCGGGUUUCCCAGCUAGUAGCUGGGUGAUGCUCUUGUCAGUCCCCCCGUACCCACAGAAGGUACAUGACCACACUAAGAAAGAAGCCAAAAGUUAUUCUUUCCCACACAGUUAAGACUUCUGUUAAGAACAUUUUGCAUUUUCUAAGCCAUUGUGUGGGAUAUUACCUGGAUUGUUGAAAUCCUGUGUGCUGAGCUGCUUUUUUAUUUUUUUUCCCAAUCAUGAAGAAAACCAAGUCAAUCCAGUGAACAAGGCUCAUGGCUCCAUGGCAUCCCUGUCCGCCAGCACCGCGCUGUGUGCUCCCUGCAUUCAGGAGGGCUGUUUACAUACAAGUACAUUUCUGUUUUGAUGAGCUCUAAUGCUUUGCACUGUGUUUGCAAAGACCUGUGCACUGAGCAGGACGGCAGCUUCGGGUACACUCCCCUCUGCCCUGGAAGAGGCCUGUCUCACCCUUUCAAGUCUGUACGUGCUUAUGUUUGCGCGCGCGCGUGCGUGCAUGCGUGUGUGUGUGUGUGUGUGUGUGUGUGUGUACGCAUGCGCGCAUGCGUGCCUGUUCUAAAAUUGGCAGUGUUGUUUAGGCGCUGUGACAGUUCACGGCUGCCUGCAACAAACAAGUUACUUUUUAGAACUCAACAUUUCAGGGAAGGGGAGAGCUGCUGCGAGGUCCCCGGGGUGGGGGGUGGGGGGCUACUAUGAAUGUAUUGCAUUGGAGAGUAUCUUGAUCCAAAGAACAAUCACUCCUGUGUGGUCCUUUGUUGCCCUCCUUCCUUGUUUUAGUUUCCUUUAAAAGACUUUUAAGUGCAUGAGCACCUUGGAACUGAGGGUCUUCCCCCCCCCCCCCAGCCAAAUAAGACUAGCACCAUGAGCUGAGCUGAGCUGAAGCCCCAGGGGCUCUAGGUUAUGCAGCUUGAUGCCCUUCCUCGGACAUGUAGGGGGAGACUUAGCUACUACAGGUGGUGGCCUUGGGCAUCUGAGAAAGUCGGGGACCAUGGGCAGCGAGCCCAUAGCUCCCUGGGCCUACUUGCAGAGAAUAUUGAGGGUAGCAACAGCUCUUGUUCUCUUACUCUUCACUUCCUCCCCCUUCCUCCCUUUUUUCCUUCCUUCCUUUCCUUUCUUAUGUAUGCUUCUCUACCCAUGUCACAAGUGAUAACAUAGGACCCUUGGUGCAGAGCUUAAGAUUAUGCCAGAAAGCAAACAGCUCCCCUCCUUGGGGACUCGCCUUAAACUUGCCUGGUUUGUCCAUGUUCUGUGGGACUCAUGAGGAAGCUUCCCCCAACGUCUGAGGACCCCAUUCCUCCUGCUUCCCUCCCUUGCCGCUGUGGAGUGUGGGUGCUUCCCUCCUGGUGGGGUCUCCUCCUUUCUGUUCCUCCGGGAGCUGUUUUUAUUUUUAGUUAACCUAAAAUGAUGACCUUUUCCUAAUCAGGGCUUCAUACCACUGCUGAUGCAAACCCACAAAGGGAACUGCUGGAGACCAGUCCUGGCCCAGUGUUCAAAGCCAUAGGUGGUUUUGACAUGGACAUGAGUCCCUGCAGAAAUGCGUGUGCUCUUGGGAGGUGGUAUGUCACAGCCAGAGGGACAGACGUAGAUAAAGUAGGCUGUGACCCAGGAGACAGGAGUUUCUAGAGAUUGUUUUGCAUAUUCAUUUGCACAUCUGUUGUCUGGGUUGGACAUGUGUACUGGGCUUCGAUGUGAGGCUUUUAAUAUGCAUAUCCUGUUUAUCAGUUUAAAAAAAUUAUUCAAGUGGUUGAAUCCUGUGAGACAUGGCAAGUACAUGCAGACCAAGUGUACUUGACUUUUCAACCCCUUCUUUCAAUGUAACUUUUAUAUGAAAUAAAGUCGCUGGUUGACAGUUCUAAAA